UGGUACUUGGGUUCUCAUUAAAUAUUCAAUGAGUUAUUCCCUCCUCCAUAUAAACACAAUCUCCACAAGUAUUUCACAAAAUUCACCUUCUUCAACUCUUCUUUCUCUCUCUUACCUUCUUUGUCACCUUUCAGAUCCCUCUUCUUCUUCUUCUUCAACAUGAACCCUAAAUCUCCUCUGCAAUUUCUCCUUAUCCUUCUUCUGGCCCUUUCAUGUGUUAUGUCUUCUGCUGCUGCUGUACAAACCAGAAGGCUUUUGCCAAACAGAGAAAACCUCUCAACCCAAAUUUCAUCAGAUAAGGGUGUUGAGGAACUGAGAAGUGGAGAAGGUUUGUUUGAUAUGGCAGAAGAGUUUAUGGAGAGAAGGAUUGAUUUUGAAAAUAAUGAUUAUCCAGGGACUGGAGCAAACAACAGACAUGAUCCAAAGACACCAGGAACACCUUGAGCAAAUGCAUAAACUCUGUGCAGAUUUUAAGGCCUAAGAGAAUGAGUGCUGUAAAAUCUUCCAUGGGAUUUUGAAUACUGUUAAUUAAUGUUGCUAGCUGAUAGAAUAUUCCUUCAUCCCCAAUAUUUUAGUGCAGGAGAAUGUGUAAGUCUUUAGUUUUUGCUUUGGCUCAAUCUGUACACUUUAGAGCUCAAGCAAAUAGUAGCAGAGAUUCCAAUUAUCUUAUAACAGCAGUUUAAUAAACACUUUCCAUGUACACAAACUUGUUUAGAUAGUAAAAUAGAGAGAUUAAUAAAUGGUAUUUAUUUC